AUAUUCGUGGGCUCCCAAUCAGGGUUCAAGCCGCACACACACAAUUCUUACUAUAAAAUCUCAGCAGAAAGGGGCUAGGGUUUUUGCAGUUCCGCCCUAUAAAAACGCUUUCAUCCCUCUCACAACACUACUUAGAUCUUCCUAAACCCUAAAACUAUUCAGGAGGUUUAUCAUUGGUACUUUAAGAAAAUCUCGAAAAGCUCCAUUUAUUUUUCAAGAUGAGCAAGCCAAUGGAGGAAGAUGUUGUUAAGAAUGAGGAAGAGGAAUUUAACACUGGACCACUUUCUGUGCUGAUGAUGAGUGUUAAAAACAACACACAGGUCCUUAUUAAUUGUCGGAAUAACAAAAAGCUGUUGGGUCGUGUCAGAGCAUUUGAUCGGCACUGCAACAUGGUUCUUGAAAAUGUCAGGGAAAUGUGGACUGAGGUACCAAAAACUGGGAAAGGAAAGAAAAAAGCCCAUCCAGUUAACAAGGACAGAUUCAUCAGUAAGAUGUUUCUUCGUGGAGACUCUGUAAUCAUUGUUCUUAGGAAUCCUAAGUGAGAUUCUGUUCUGAAUAUAGAAUUUAUCGACUAUGGCCCAAACUCGUUUUUCCUCAAAUCAGAAUUAGCAUGCCGCAACCUGGGCAUCUCAGUCCAGCCUUGCACUUAAUGCAAAUGAUCAACUAGCCCAAUGACAAAAUCCAUGAAGGCUGUGAAGGUGCACACUGCAAAUGCUGCUGGCAGUAUCUACACUAGCAUAUAUACACCCUGUAAGGCCAAGACCAGUUUAUCAAGAGUAGGAUUAUGAUGAUACACUAUCUAGUGUAGGAUUAUGAUGAUUUUGUCAAAAACAAUUCGUAAACCUGUACGGGUGUUCAUGGCUUGUUUGAGUCGACAGCAGAAAAUGUCAGUGACCUAAUUGCGUAAUCAGUCAUCUCUAGACCUUAUUGUGAAGCAGUAUUUGGCCGUAACUCUUAAAUUCGUUCCUUCAACAAAUGCCUUUUUUGAUUCGUUGAAAUAAAUAUAGUGUUUGUGUGUUCA